UCAUCCGGGUCUCUGCACCGAGGACGCUGCACGUGUAACACUCGAUCAUGACCAGCGCACUGAAACAGGCUCGAUCGCACUACCAGUUAUGGUUAUUUUUGACGCUUUGCGAAAAGCUGCUGAUUCCCGCGUCAGCUGGUGCGACGGCCGACUGUUCCGGACACUUCGUCAUCGAAGAUUCGACCGUCAAACUGUUCGUGCAGCAGCACGUCAACUCCAGCGAGGACGCCACAGAAUGUCGCUACACGUUCCAAGCACCACCAAAGUCCGGCUUGCUGAUAAUCGCCAACGACAUCAGGGCCGUGAACGACGGCGAGAUACCUGGAUGUCCAGUGAGCAUCUACAGCAACGACGACGGGCACGGUGACCCGCUGUUCUCAUUGUGCGGUCACUAUUCCACUGUGACCAUCCCUGUGCCGUCUCAUUCCUCCCUACUCGUGUACAAGCCGGUAUUCAGAGGUACAGCUUACACGUUGACCUUGGAUUUGCAAGUGGCUUCGACUGGAGAAAGCAAUCUCCGUGCAUGCGGCGAUUCGCGUCUGAACACGGUGUCCAUCGUGCCGGUCAGGUAUUCGGUGGGUUUCAGGGCUGACUCAGGCGAUACCUCUGAUUUCUGCGACGUCAACGUGAGGAGCACGACCGCUCAAGAAACCUUAAGCAUAAACUGUGUGCUCACCAGUAACGGCGUUUGCAACUAUGAUGUCCUUCUUCGGGACGGAAGUGCCGCGCCAUCCAAAAAUUAUGUCGAUCUUGAAGCUUCUGGUGGGUCGGCUACGGUCAGACUUCAUCCUGCAGGCACAUCUGGCGUUCUGAUUUCCAAGAUUCCUGCCGAAUUCGAACCUGUGACCUUUUUAAAACAUCCACCGUCGUUUGUUUUUGGUGAAGGAUCGUUUCCGAAUGUCACAAGUGACUCGAGUAUCAACGAGACUAAUGUUUCAACUGUGCAGACUACAACAGUCGAUGACGUGGCCCCAGGUUUAUGGAACAGGACGAAACAGUGGUUCAGAAAAGCGUGGAAAAGCGUAAAAAAUGCCGCUGAGUCUACUGUCAGGAGCGUUCGAAACUGGUUUAACGGUUAG